AUGAAAUCUUUUCUGCUAAUUUCUUCUAUCAAAGGUAGUGUGCCGGCGACAAGUCUUCUGCAGUACAUCAACCUGCGUAACAGAGUGGAUCCGCAAUUGCCGGUGACAUUAUCAGGAAACAUAAUCUCAUUCUUCAUAGCAUCAUCGACAAAGCCGGAGCAGAGAGAAAUGGAGCUACAGAACUUAGUGGAUGACAUGAAGACGAACCUUGAAGAGUUCUGCAAAACCUUCCCAAAAAAUUACAGAGCUGAACAAUGGGGUUUGCUUCAAAAAAUUACAUGUCAAAGAAUCAAUGGAGAGGAUGAGAAAUCCAGGGGAUUAUACUUUGUAACAUGUACGAGCUGGUGCAAAUUUCCUGUUUAUAAUGUGGACUUUGGAUGGGGGAAGCCUGUAUGGAUCACUGUACCUGCUGAGUUUCCAUGGAAGAAUAUGAUUUUGUUGAUGGAUGCCAGAGAUGGUGUGGGGAUUGAAGCCAUGGUGAGCUUAGAGAAGAAGGAAACGGAAGUGUUUGAGCAAAAUCAAGAGCUUCUCUCAUUUUGUGAACUCAAACUCCAGCUCAAAUGUUUUCACUAG